AUUUCCUCCCCAACCCAGUAGUGUCAUUAAAAAGAUACAUUUAGUGCAGCAUUAAAGUGAAACAUGAAAAUAUGGUUCUGCCGUUUUGAUACGCGAGGCGAAGGGGCUGUGCAUUCAAAUAACUACAAGUCACGUGCGCUUGUCAAGUUGGAAUUGUGGGUCAAUGUGUUGGCUCCCAGAACGAGGCAGAGCUGAGCAGAAAUAAAAAGGGGGGCUGUUGGAGAGGGCCGGGGUUUCUGCACUCUCUACUUGUUGAGUUCCAUCGCUUUUUGGUUUUUGGUUUUUGGUUACACUCCAAAGAUAAAAGAACGUCUACUAGGGGGUAGCCUUCGCCUCCCGAAGCCUAAACCCUCCCCCUAAUUCCUUCCCUCGCCGCUCCCUCUUAUUUACCAGUACUAGAGUUUCCCCUCUUUGAAACAGAUUGAUAUGGAGUUGGCCUUGAGCUUAGGAGACGCACCGAAGCCCUUCUCUUUUCUUGACAAGCUCACCAACAUGCCCCUCGCCGCCAACCGAUGGAAUCAUCACAGAGAAGGCAAUGAAGACGCUAGGAGUUCGUCGGCUCCGCCUGUUCAGCUUCAUCUUCUUCCCUUGACCCCUCUCCCUCCAAACCCUCCUCCACCUCCGCGCCUUUCAAUUCCUUGGCUCUCCCGUCCAUUGGGUGGUGAAGAGAUUUCGUCAGAUAGAGUGGUGACUGCGAGGAGUUUGGAUGUGAACAGCGCGCCGGCAGACGUAGAUGAGGCCGACGACGCUACUGCACUCUCAUCUCCGAACAGUGAGAUCUCAUCAUUCCACCUGGACUUCCGCUUCAGAAAUAGUCAUGGCACCGGCGGCUACAAGAGAGAGCUCGAGGUCAACGCCGACAGAACCAGCGACGAUGACGAAAACGGUUCAUCUCGCAAGAAACUCCGACUGUCUAAGGAACAGUCUGCUUUCCUGGAAGAGAGCUUCAAAGAACACACCACUCUCAAUCCCAAGCAGAAACUUGCUCUGGCGAAGCAGUUAAACCUUCGCCCUCGUCAAGUGGAAGUUUGGUUCCAAAACAGACGGGCUAGGACGAAAUUGAAGCAGACGGAAGUAGAUUGUGAGUAUCUGAAGAGAUGUUGCGAGACGCUGACGGAGGAGAACAGGAGGCUACAGAAGGAGGUGCAGGAAUUAAGGGCUUUAAAGACAUCGCAGCCGUAUUACAUGCAACUUCCGGCCACCACUCUCACCAUGUGCCCCUCGUGUGAAAAGGUCGUCACCAAAUCUUCGGCCGCCGGGACCACAUCCACCGCGACGGCGACCGCCACUUGUACCAGCGGUGCUUCUCGAAUCCCAGUAGCUUUGUCUCUGGGCGUUUCACUCUCCAACGGUCAAGCCCAAGCUCACGAGGCCCAGGCCCAUCAUAAGGCUUCGUGAUCCAAUUCUAAUGGAUCCACUUUUGAUGUUUGCUUCGGUUAUAAUAUGUCAUAGAUUCGGAACAUAGAAGGAGCAAGGACAAGCGCUCGCCUGUUUUGCGCUGUACAUAGUUUUUGUUAUCUUCGUCUCUUCUUUUUUGUUUGCGCUAGCUCUUUGGCGAUGGACUCACCAGGGAUGUAUGUACGGAACGAUAUUUUUUCCUUCAUCACCGAGAAAAGACACCAACAUAUUUUUUAUGUUAAAGGCUUUACGUGAGCAA